CACAUUUUAGUUUUAAAAGCCGGCCGUCGGAGAGCGGGUCAUGUUAGCGAAUUUUAGCAAAAUAUUAAGUUAAUUGGCGCCGGGUAGGAAUUGCUUUGUGUUGUCGGGAUUAAGGUUGUGAGGGGAAGCCUGCGUCUCAAGGUCAUAACCAGGCCUACAAGGCCGUAUCCCGUGCCAUGGGGCCGGGAACACUCUUCUAUUUCUUGGCCGCGCUGGCUAUAAUACAUGCCAGCGAGGUUACGCCAAAGAAACCGCCAAAAGAUGAAUUCAAAGCACUAUCGGAAGCGCGAGAGGCUCGCCAAUAUGACCCGUACCAGGGGCAACUAGACAACGAAGUGGUCGUGGACAUAGAGGACGAUGAAAAGAAACAGUAUUAUGAAACCAAUUACGACACAAGUGCAUACGGCUUCGGUUAUGACGUCGGUCCAAACGGGCAGUUCCAUCAUGAGAACCGCGGUCCGGAUGGCGUCACCUAUGGUUGCUAUGGUUACUUGGACCCAGAGAACUUCCUCCGAGUUACCCACUACGUUGCUGACAGUCACGGAUACAGAGUAGUGGAACCCGAGAAACCAGUCGAAGUAUUCCCUGACGAGAAAUAUGAAUACGAUGAAAUUACUGGACAGGCAUUAAACACUCAGCCAGGACAAACAAUCCCGUGGAAGAAACUCUACUUCCCCAAAGGAUGUGGUCGUACUCCUGGCGGAGUUCCAGCCAAACCUUUACCGAAGCCUACGCCCAAACCACCUCGUCCCAUAGACAGCAGUAGUGAGACCACGAAUGUCAAACCUAUACAAUCUGGACAAGGACCCAAUGGACCUUACGGCCCUGGAUCAGGAUCAUGGCAAGGUCAACCAGGCAAGCCAGGAACUCCAGGCAGGCCUGGUACUCCAGGCACCCCAGGAACCCCAGGAACCCCAGGCUCUCCCGGCUCUCCCGGCACACCAGGUGGACCAGGAGGUCCAGGUGGUCCCGGCGGCCCCGGUGGUCCAUCAGGCGGUUACUACCCCGGCUCAAGUGGAACUCCAGGCACCGCUGGAUCUCCAGGCACCCCAGGUACACCCGGUAGUCCAGGUACCCCUGGCAGCCCAGGUACUCCUGGGACCUUAGGUUAUCCUGGCACAGCAGGCACUCCUGGAUACCCGGGCACCCCAGCCACACCUGGAUAUCCAGGUACCUCUGGCACACCUGGGUACCCUGGCACAGCUGGUACACCUGGAUACCCAGGCACAGAAGGAACCCCAGGCACACCUGGUUACCCAGGCACAGCUGGUACCCCAGGCACACCAGGCACACCUGGAUACCCAGGCACAGAGGGUACCCCAGGUACACCUGGUUACCCAGGCACAGCAGGCACCCCAGGCACGCCAGGUACACCUGGAUAUCCAGGCACAGAAGGAACCCCAGGCACACCUGGAUACCCAGGCACAGCUGGUACCCCAGGCACGCCAGGUACACCUGGAUACCCAGGCACAGAAGGAACUCCAGGCACACCUGGUUACCCUGGCACGGCUGGUACCCCAGGCACACCAGGCACACCCGGAUACCCAGGCACAGAGGGUACCCCAGGUACACCUGGUUACCCAGGCACAGCAGGCACCCCAGGUACACCUGGUUACCCAGGCACAGAAGGAACGCCAGGCACCCCAGGCACACCAGGUACACCUGGUUACCCAGGCACAGAAGGCACCCCAGGCACUCCAGGCACACCUGGUUACCCAGGCACGGCAGGUACCCCAGGCACUCCUGGGUACCCAGGCUACUACCCCGGAGGCUCAGGUGGCUAUUACCCAGGACAACCAAAUGGACCAGGCACAGGAGGCUAUUAUCCAGGACAAGAUAAUGGACCAGGAGGACCAUUAGGUCCUAAUGGUUCUUAUGGUCCCGACGGUACCUACUACCCGGGCACUCCAGGGACACCAGGAACACCAGGUACUCCAGGCAGCCCCGGCGGCCCUGGCGGUCCAGGAGGUCCAGGAGGACCCGGCGGUCCCGGAGGCCCUGGAGGACCUAAUGGACCCAAUGGCCCUUCAAGUGGCGGAUACUACCCAGGACAGCCCGGCAGUCCUGGCACUCCAGGAAGCCCAGGAUCACCAGGCACUCCAGGAGGACCCGGUGGACCUGGAGGACCAGGAGGUCCAGGAGGACCUGGUGGACCUAAUGGACCCAAUGGACCCAAUGGCCCUUCAAGCGGCGGCUACUACCCUGGCCAACCGGGCAAACCUGGCGCUCCAGGAAGCCCAGGUUCACCUGGCACUCCAGGAGGUCCAGGUGGACCAGGCGGACCGGGGGGCCCAGGAGGCCCUGGUGGACCAAAUGGACCUAAUGGCCCUUCAAGCGGCGGAUACUAUCCAGGACAACCCGGCAGCCCCGGCUCUCCAGGAAGCCCAGGAUCACCGGGAACACCAGGAGGUCCAGGUGGACCAGGUGGACCGGGUGGACCAGGAGGUCCAGCAGGACCAAAUAGACCCAAUGGCCCUUCAAGCGGCGGCUACUAUCCAGGACAAUCCGGCAGCCCCAGCUCUCCAGGAAGCCCAGGAUCACCAGGAACACCGGGAGGUCCAGGUGGACCAGGUGGACCAGGAGGUCCAGGAGGACCAAAUGGACCUAAUGGUCCUUCCAGCGGAGGGUACUACCCAGGACAACCAGGCAGCCCUGGAUCUCCAGGAAGCCCAGGAUCACCAGGCACUCCAGGAGGUCCAGGUGGACCAGGUGGACCAGGUGGGCCAGGAGGUCCAGGAGGACCAAAUGGACCCAAUGGCCCUUCAAGCGGCGGCUACUACCCAGGUCAACCCGGCAGCCCCGGCUCUCCAGGAAGUCCAGGAUCACCAGGAACACCAGGAGGUCCAGGUGGACCAGGUGAACCAGGAGGACCAGGAGGUCCAGGAGGACCAAAUGGACCUAAUGGUCCUUCCAGCGGAGGAUACUAUCCAGGACAACCAGGCAGCCCUGGCACUCCAGGAAGCCCAGGAUCGCCCGGCACUCCAGGAGGUCCAGGUGGGCCAGGAGGUCCAGGAGGACCAAAUGGACCCAAUGGCCCUUCAAGCGGCGGCUACUACCCAGGUCAACCCGGCAGCCCCGGCUCUCCAGGAAGUCCAGGAUCACCAGGAACACCAGGAGGUCCAGGUGGACCAGGUGGACCAGGAGGACCAGGAGGUCCAGGAGGACCAAAUGGACCUAAUGGUCCUUCCAGCGGAGGAUACUAUCCAGGACAACCAGGCAGCCCUGGCACUCCAGGAAGCCCAGGAUCGCCCGGCACUCCAGGAGGUCCAGGUGGACCAGGUGGACCGGGUGGACCAGGAGGUCCAGGAGGACCAAAUGGACCCAAUGGCCCUUCAAACGGCGGUUACUACCCAGGACAACCCGGCAGCCCCGGCUCUCCAGGAAGCCCAGGAUCACCAGGAACACCAGGUGGUCCCGGAGGUCCCGGUGGACCAGGUGGACCCGGUGGUCCCACCGACACGACAACUUAUCCAGGACAACCAGGACAAUUCGGUCAAGGAGGCCAGCCUGGCAAACCAGGACAGCCAGGAUAUCCAGAACAACCAGGACAACCAGGACAAGGAGGACAACCAGGUCAACCGGGACAGCCAGGCUACCCAGGACAACCAGGACAGCCAGGUUACCCAGGACAACCAGGACAGCCAGGUGGACCAGGACAGCCAGGACAAGGAGGCCAGCCUGGUAAACCAGGACAGCCAGGUUAUCCAGGACAACCUGGACAACCAGGACAAGGAGGACAACCUGGUCAACCAGGACAGCCAGGCUACCCAGGACAACCAGGACAGCCAGGUGACCCAGGACAACCAGGACAGCCAGGUGGACCAGGACAGCCAGGACAAGGAGGCCAGCCUGGUAAACCAGGACAGCCAGGUUAUCCAGGACAACCUGGACAACCAGGACAAGGAGGACAACCUGGUCAACCAGGACAGCCAGGCUACCCAGGACAACCAGGACAGCCAGGUGGCCCAGGGCAGCCAGGACAAGGAGGCCAGCCUGGUAAACCAGGACAGCCAGGUUAUCCAGGACAACCAGGACAACCAGGACAAGGAGGACAACCUGGUCAACCAGGACUGCCAGGUGGCCCUGGACAGCCAGGACAAGGAGGCCAGCCUGGUAAACCAGGUCAGCCAGGUUAUCCAGGACAACCUGGACAACCAGGACAAGGAGGACAACCUGGUCAACCAGGACAGCCAGGCUACCCAGGACAACCAGGACAGCCAGGUGGCCCAGGGCAGCCAGGACAAGGAGGCCAGCCUGGUAAACCAGGACAGCCAGGUUAUCCAGGACAACCAGGACAACCAGGACAAGGAGGACAACCUGGUCAACCAGGACUGCCAGGUGGCCCUGGACAGCCAGGACAAGGAGGCCAGCCUGGUAAACCAGGUCAGCCAGGUUAUCCAGGACAACCUGGACAACCAGGACAAGGAGGACAACCUGGUCAACCAGGACAGCCAGGCUACCCAGGACAACCAGGACAGCCGGGUGGCCCAGGACAGCCAGGACAAGGAGGCCAGCCUGGUAAACCGGGACAGCCAAGUUAUCCAGGCCAACCUGGACAACCAGGACAACCAGGACAGCCUGGACAGCCUGGACAACCGGGUUACCCAGGACAGCCAGGACAACCAGGACAAGGAGGCCAACCUGGUAAACCAGGACAGCCAGGCUACCCAGGAGAACCUGGACAGUCUGGUGGCCCAGGACAGCCAGGACAACCAGGACAAGAAGGACAACCUGGUCAACCAGGACAGCCAGGACAAGGAGGCCAACCAGGUAAACCAGGCUACCCAGGACAACCUGGACAGCCAGGGUACCCAGGACAGCCGGGACAACCAGGACAACCAGGACAGCCAGGCUACCCGGGACAACCUGGACAGCCAGGUGGACCAGGACUGCCAGAACAGCCAGGUUACCCAGGACAACCAGGACAGCCAGGACAACCGGGUUACCCAGGACAACCAGGACAACCAGGACAAGGUGGACAAACUGGUCAACCAGGACAGCCAGGCUACCCAGGACAACCUGGACAACCAGGACAAGGUGGACAACCCGGUCAACCAGGACAACCAGGCUACCCAGGACAACCUGGACAGCCGGGACAAGGUGGUCAACUUGGUCAACCCGGACAGCCAGGCUACCCAGGACAACAAGGACAAGGUGGACAACCCGGUCAACCAGGACAACCAGGUUACCCAGGACAACCAGGACAAGGUGGACAACCCGGUCAACCAGGACAACCAGGCUACCCAGGACAACCUGGACAACCUGGACAGCCAGGACAAGGUGGUCAACCUGGUAAGCCAGGACAGCCAGGCUACCCGGGAAGACCAGACCAGCCAGGUGGCCCAGGACAGCCAGGACAACCGGGUUACCCAGGACAACCAGGACAACCAGGACAAGGUGGUCAAUCUGGUACGCCAGGACAGCCAGGACAGCCAGGACAACCAGGACAGCCAGGUUACCCCGGUCAGCCUGGACAACCAGGCUACCCCGGACAACCAGAACAAGGAGGCCAACCCAGUAAACCUGGACAGCCGGACUACCCUGGGCAGCCUGGACAGCAAGGACAGCCAGGAGGCCCAGGACAACCAGGACAGCCAGGAGGGCCAGGACGUCCUGAAGACCUAAUUAAACCCGGUCAGCCAGGAUACCCAGGACAACCUGGACAACCAGAAUACCCGGGACAGCCUGGUAAGCCAGGUCAGCCAGGAUAUCCAGGCCAACCAGGACAACCUGGCCAGCCAGGAUACCCAGGACAGCCAGGACAACCUGGCAAACCAGGCGAACCAGGCCAGCCAGGUUACCCAGGACAACCAGGACAACCUGGUGAAUCAGGACAACCAGGCCAGCCAGGAUACCCAGGACAAUCAGGUGGUCCCGGACAGCCAGGACAACCUGGCAAACCAGGUCAGCCUGGACAACCAGGGUACCCAGGGCAGCCAGGACAACCAGGACAACCAGGACAACCAGGGUACCCAGGGCAGCCAGGACAACCAGGAUACCCAGGACAACCAGGCGAACCCGGACAACCAGGAUACCCAGGACAGCAAGGUCAACCAGGAGGUCCCGCACAACCAGGGCAACCCGGUCAGCCUGGACAACCAGGAUUCCCAGGUGAAUCAGGACAACCUGGCCAACCAGGAUACCCCGGACAACCAGGACAGCCGGGAUACCCAGGUCAACCAGGACAACCAGGUAAGCCAGGUCAGCCUGGUCAGCCAGGAUACCCCGGACAACCAGGACAACCAGGCACACCAGGUCAGCCUGGACAACCAGGACAGCAAGGUCAACCAGGAUAUCCAGGACAACCUGGCAAGCCAGGACAGCCUGGUCAACCAGGAUACCCCGGACAACCAGGACAACCAGGUGGCCCCGGACAACCAGGACAGCAAGGUCAACCUGGAUAUCCAGCACAACCAGGUCAACCAGGAUACCCCGGACAACCAGGACAACCAGGACAACCAGGACAACCAGGACAACCAGGACAUCCAGGACAACCAGGACAACCAGGAUAUCCAGGACAGCCAGGUAAACCAGGCCAAUCAGGAUACCCAGGACAGCCUGGUCAGCCCGGCCAACCAGGAUACCCAGGACAGCCUGGUCAGCCCGGCCAACCAGGAUACCCAGGACAGCCUGGUAAACCAGGCCAACCCGGCCAACCAGGAUACCCAGGACAGCCAGGCCAGCCGGGAUACCCAGGGCAACCAGGACAGCCUGGUAAACCAGGGCAGUCUGGCCAGCCAGGACAACCAGGCCAGCCAGGUCAGCCUGGCUACCCUGGACAGCCAGGACAGCAAGGACAACCAGGUGGCCCAGGACAGUCAGGUCAACCAGAACAACCAGGAAAGCCCGGCCAACCAGGAUAUCCGGGACAGCCAGGCCAGCCGGGAUACCCAGGGCAACCAGGAGAACCUGGCCAGCCAGGACAACCAGGACAGCCAGGCAAGCCUGGUCAGCCUGGCCAACCAGGACAGCCUGGACAGCCAGGACAGCCAGGAUACCCAGGACAGCAAGGACAACCAGGUCGUCCAGGACAGUCAGGUCAACCAGGGCAACCAGGUAUACCAGGCCAGCCAGGCCAACCAGGAUACCCAGGACAACCAGGCAAGCCUGGUCAACCUGGCCAACCAGGUUACCCAGGACAGCCAGAACAGCCAGGAUACCCAGGACAGCAAGGACAACCCGGUGGUCCGGAACAGCCAGGUCAACCAGGGCAACCAGGCAAACCUGGCCAGCCCGGCCAACCAGGAUACCCAGGACAGCCUGGCCAGCCAGGCCAACCAGGAUACCCGGGACAACCAGGCCAGCCGGGAUACCCAGGACAGCAAGGACAACCUGGUGGUCCAGGACAGCCAGGUCAACCAGGGCAGCCAGGUAAACCUGGCCAGCCCGGCCAACCAGGAUACCCAGGACAGCCUGGCCAGCCAGGCCAACCAGGAUACCCGGGACAGCCAGGCCAGCCGGGAUACCCAGGGCAACCAGGACAGCCUGGACAGCCAGGACAACCAGGACAGCCAGGAAAGCCAGGAUACCCAGGACAGCAAGGACAACCCGGUGGUCCAGGACAGCCAGGUCAACCAGGGCAACCAAGUAAACCUGGCCAGCCCGGCCAACCAGGAUACCCAGGACAGCCUGGUCAGCCAGGUCAACCAGGAUACCCGGGACAGCCAGGCCAGCCGGGAUACCCAGGGCAACAAGGACAGCCUGGACAGCCAGGACAACCAGGACAACCAGGACAGCCAGACAAGCCUGGUCAACCUGGCCAACCAGGAUACCCAAGUCAGCAAGGACAACCUGGUGGCCCAGGACAGCCAGAACAACCAGCCCAGACUGGACAACCAGGAUACCCAGGGCAACCAGGACAGCCUGGUAAGCCAGGGCAACCAGGAUAUCCAGGACAACCAGGUCAACCAGGAGAACCUGGAAAACCAGGACAGCCUGGCCAACCAGGACAACCAGGCUACCCUGGACAGCAAGGACAACCCGGUGGUCCAGGGCAGCCUGGACAGCAAGGCCAGCCCGGACAACCAGGAUAUCCAGGACAACCGGGUCAACCAGGAGAACCUGGAAAACCAGGACAGCCUGGCCAACCAGGACAACCAGGAUACCCAGGACAGCAAGGACAACCCGGUGGUCCAGGUCAACCAGGGCAGCCAGGUGGCCCCGGACAACCAGGACAACCAGGACAACCCGGGCAACCCGGGCAACCUGGUUACCCAGGACAACCAGGUGAACCAGGACAACCAGGAUACCCAGGACAACCAGGACAGCCGGGAUACCCAGGACAGCCAGGGCAGCCUGGAGGACCUGGACAGCCUGGACAGCCUGGUCAACCAGGACACCCAGGACAACCCGGAUACCCAGGACAGCCAGGCCAACCAGGACGACCAGGUCAACCAGGACAGCCGGGAUACCCAGGACAGCCAGGACAGCCUGGAGGCCCUGGACAGCCUGGUCAACCAGGAUACCCAGGACAGCCAGGACAACCAGGUUACCCAGGACAACCAGGACAACCAGGUCAACCAGGACAGGCGGGAUACCCAGGACAGCCAGGACAGCCUGGAAGCUCUGGACAGCCUGGUCAACCAGGAUACCCAGGACAACCAGGACAACCGGGUUACCCAGGACAACCAGGGCAACCAGGUCAACCAGGACAGCCAGGACAGCCUGGAGGCCCUGGACAGCCUGGUCAACCAGGAUACCCAGGACAACCAGGACAACCUGGAUACCCAGGACAGCCAGGCCAACCAAGUCAACCAGGACAAUACCCAGAUUCUGAAACGUCACCGUCUGGCACCGGAGUACAACCACCUGCAACUGUACCAUCAAGUCAAAUGCCACCAUUCCCUAUCUACGUUAUUCCGUACCCGCUGCCCAUCGUCCCUAGUCCAGCGUCUUGCCCGUGCUAUUUACUUAAACCAGGACAGAACGAAACGAGCGUACAAGGACAAGGACCUCAAGCAACGGCUCCACCUCACUAUCAGAACCAGCCGCAGUACCCACCAUACGGCAUCAUUGGAUUCGUUCCCGUAGUAUUCGUACCAUACUGCCCAGGAAACGCUUCCAAUAUGAAUAGCGCUCAACAGAAUUUCCCUAAUGCUGUCCCUGUUCAAUACAGCUGCAACCAAUGUCAAGCUAGCAGUGAUAUCUAUCGAUACUUAGGCAGACUUAAUGGAGGACGCAGUACUAACUUCAAGGAUCUCAAGGAUCUUAAAGAUCUCAAAGAAAUUAAAUCUCUAACUGAAUUAGAUGACCUCCUAAGAAAUCAAAUCAAACCAUUAGAGAAGAGUAUACGCACAAUCGCCGCUCACCCGCGGAUACUAGACGAAACGAACGACAAAAAUGAAAAGAAACAGAUAAUUGAAACAAAGAGUCAAAGAAGAAGAACUAGAACCGGUAGAACUAGGGUCUCUAAAAACUAAAUAGGUAUAUAUAUAAUUAUGUAUACCAAGAAUCUUCAUAGCCUCUUUUUGGUAUACGAUUUAAGAUAAUUUUGAGACUGUCCGAUUUAAAGAAAUUCUUGGACGGUCUCAAAAUUUGAUAAAAUGACGUCAAGCACAAUAUUUAUUACCCGCAAAUAGAUACGUCAUUCAUAGGUUAAAGAAAAUUGUAUUAUAAAUAUAUAAGUAUUCAACAUUUUUUAUUAUUUCAUGAUACGCUUUUGUAUGUAAUAUUUACAAAUAUAAAUAUUCAGUUCGAUGUUGCCAUUUAUGUUAUUAAUUGAAUUUCAUAAGUAAUUACUAAGCGUCAUCAUUUGUCACGAAGAAAUAAUAAAUUAUAUU